AUGGGUCAAAACUAUGAAGGAUUUCCGACUUUCGAGGUUAUGACUGUAUCAGGCGACACGUCGCAGUUGGAGAUUUCAUUUGCAGAGUCCAAAGCUGCGUUCAGUAACUUCAUGGGCGCGUUUCGAUACCAGAAAUUCAACCUAUCCUCAGCAGGUUCUCUGAAGAUCCGGAAUAUUGGCGUCAAGCCUACCACACACACCACACCGCUGACGGAGCUUCCGGGGUCCUUUGAAUGCUCCGACGAGGACCUGACUAGGAUCUGGCAUACAGGUGCGAGAACGGCUCAGCUCACCGAGAUUCCGAAGGACACCAUCCCAGACUUUUGGCAGAUCACUGAACAGGGCGCUUUUGUUGAAAGUGUUGCACCUCAAGUCUACCCGAGCACUGAGGCCGCACAGGCCUUGAGCUAUGAGGUCACCUUCGAGGCCAAACCUGUGACCGGAGAGUUUGGUUUCUCAGUAUUGGCCAGCACCCUGAACGACGGCAUUUACAUCUCUUUCGAUGUCGUCGCUGGCAAGAUCUCUGCUCACGAGACCGCAACCACGUUGGGACCGAUCCUGGCCACUGGCAAUCUGACGCAACGAUCACCAGGAUCUUGGCAUGCCGUCCACGCCAGAGUCGACUCUGGAGCCGUCAAAGUAGCCCUUGACAACACUACCGUACUGGAAUUCGCCCAGUCUACUUAUGUCGUUGGCUCGUUCGGCGUGGGGGCAUCUUUUGGGCAUUCAGCGUACUUCCGCAACUUGAUGGCCACCACACUUGAGGGCACAGAGAUUUAUUCAUCGAGUAUGAUGGAUAAAAGUGUCAUUGAAGACUUUCAGCUCGGACGCAACCCCGCCGACACUAUCGUUGACGGGUCUCGACGAGAUAGGAUCGCUUACAACGGUGAUCUCGAUGUCGCACUUGGUGCCACUCUUGCUAGUACGUCCGGAACAUCGUUCAUUGAGGCCAAGAUCCAGCAGAGCCCGCAGCCUUAUUUGACCAAUAGCAACUUGACUGGCCUCAUUGGGUACUCAUUCAACCUGGUCGCAGCGUUCGCACAAAGCUAUGAAGCCUCCGGGAACCUGACCUUUGCUCAACGAUGGGCUCCUGCAGCCGUUCUCAUGCUUGAUUGGGCGCAUUCUCAAACCAUGAACGGCCUCUUCGCAGCUGAAGACCCCAUCUUUGCAGGCGAUUGGAACUAUUACGAUCCUCCUCAGAUCGGUGUCAGCAGCAAGUUCAAUGCUGUUUAUGCCUACUCCAUGCAGCAAUCACUUCCCAUGUUUGAGGCAGCGGGCGUGGAUACCAAGGUAUAUAGGGAACGACUAUCCGCCCUUCGCUCGGCGAUGAACAGCCAGCUGUGGGAUGAAUCUCUUGGCGCAUAUGUUAUGCUGGACAGCUUGCGUGAUGGUUUCUCCCAAGACGCCAAUUCUAUCGCGAUCUUGGCUGGUGUCCCUCAGGCGCAGAAUAUCUCACCAUCAGCCAUCCUUUCCACCCUCAAUAAGGAACUCUUGCUUCCUGCUGGACCUCUGGCGUUCUCAAAUGCUACUGCCAAAGCAGGCUACGCACAGAAGAUUAGCCCUUAUGCUUCCGCUUAUCACCUCCGCGCCGCUCUCCAGUCAAAGGAUGCCGCCACUUCCAUGAGCUUGCUGAGAUCGCUCUGGGCGCCAAUGGCGGAUCCCUCUCAUGCCAACUACACCAACUGCUUCUGGGAGACUUUAGACCCCGACGGCACCCCCGGCCUCGGCCUCAUCACUUCUCUCUGCCACGGAUGGGGUGCCGGCCCUACUGCCGAGCUGAGUGCUCACGUCCUCGGUAUCCAGGCUGUGACUGCUGGGUUUCAGGAGUGGAGGGUUCGGCCCCAGACGCUGGGUCUUGAGUGGGCCAAGGGACGUUACCGUACGGUACGAGGCGACGUGCAUGUCGACUGGCGAUUUGAAAAAGAUCUCUUGCGGAUGGAAGUUGAUGGGCCGGAUGGAGGUAUGGUGUAUCUCCCGGAGCCCCUCUUAGUGCCCGUCGAGCGGAGCAUCAUCAAGGUGAAUGGUGCUGUGGUCCAAGGCACGAGCUUUGAAAUUCCUAAGGACAAAAAGUUCGUCCUCGAGCAAAGCGUUAGGUGCACCAAGCAUUGA